CUAUUCCUCUCUUUAUGGUGGUGAUAACACUAUCUCUAUAUGUUAAACCCCCCAUUGAAAGUAUUUUCAGCUUUGGUACCCUUGUCAGUACAAAUGUCUUUUCACAAUCCUUGCUCAGAUUGACAAGCUGUGAAUGAUUUCUUCCCUCUCUUUACAAGCCCAACACCCUUUCGGCCUUCGGAGUCUACAGUCACUCUGCAGAGUGCAAGUAAGGCUGAUAGGAACCAUCAGAUUCCUCUCUUAGGGGUCUCGGGGCAAAGCUGAUUACAUUAAUAGCUAUUUCCAAACUGUGCCCACAAACCUGUGCUGCUUCACCCCCCUAAACCUGGCUUAUCAUGUUUUUCAUCCACUUUUUGGAGCAUGUUCUCACCCUCCAUCCAUCAUUCUUUGGCUCUCAUGUUAAAGAAUAUUUAACUCAGAAGCUGUUGGAUGAUGUGGAAGGCAUCUGCACUGGAGAUUAUUAUAUAGUUUGUGUGAUGGAUACAUACGACAUAUCUGAGGGACGGAUCAUCCCUGGUAGUGGUAUGGCAGAAUACACUAUUAUGUAUCGAGCAAUUGUGUGGAAACCCUUUAAGGGAGAAACAGUGGAUGCUAUUGUCACAUCUGUCAAGAAUCAAGGUAUUUUUGCAGAAGUUGGCCCUCUCACUGUCUUUGUAUCCAAGCAUUUAAUCCCUCCGGAGAUCAAGUGGGAUCCAGAUGCUACUCCCCCGCAGUAUACAGAUAAUGCGGACCAGGUAAUUGAGAAGGGUACUAACUUGAGGAUCAAAUUAAUCGGACUUCGAAAUGACGUCCGAAAUAUGUUUGCGAUUGGGAGCAUCAAGGAGGAUUAUCUUGGAACUUUGUAGUCUUUCUGAGGGAUCCUGCUCGGGAAAAUCACCAAAAUCGUAAAUGUUCCAAAAAAAAGGUUUAACAGCGUGGGUCAGCCGGCCGUAUUCCUCCCAUCGACAAAACGCGUACGGUCGUUGCCAAUCCAUUUCGGUAUCACAGGAGAUCCCGGGGAAAUUCGGCGACAGCAUAUUAACAAUCCAAUCUGUGAGCUGAAACGCAAAGUGCCUUGUGGAAGGAAGGCCGGAUUAUACCUGACAAAGACUAGUAUGAGAUGUUGUUCGAGGCCUGAAUCAUGGCUCACUCACCCUUGAGCUUGUUUAUCCAUAAAGACAACAAACACUAUUACAGAUUUACUAGCAACAGGGAGGACCUAGAACCAAGAAAAAAAC